ACACCACUUAUUUUUUCUCCGUCGACUCAAUUCCUGUUAGCUUGAAACAUGUAGUUGGAAAACAGAAAUGCAUCUGUGGAUCGGUAAACGCAAAACACGAGACGGCUGACGAUCGUUUUUGGCAUGGGCUGAGAUUAAGGGGCUUGGAAGGGCUUGGAAGUCUGACGUUUUAUCGAUUGACGGUUUUCGUCGGGCUGGGAUGAAGGACAUAUGCCUCACUGACAGGUUCCCUCCCCUCGUCAUUUCAAUUGUUUCAACGAGUGCAACUCUAUCGUCAUCUCAAGGCUUUUGGUACAUAAUACGCAAAGUAUUGAGUCGGUGUAGUAACGCAGAGUCAAGACUUCAACUUGGACUUCAAGCACGCUGCAUUCCUCUGAACAAGACGAAACCGCUAUGCCCACGGAAACUCGGACUUUGAAACAGGAGAAAAACUCAUCAGAGUCCAAGCUCAGAAUAUUCGAAACAAAACCCAAGUCUACGAAAACCAUGAAAGUGAUGCUUGUGGGUGGUACCGGCACCGGAAAAACUACUUUCAUCAACAAAGCAAGUGGAGGAAGCCUCUCCGUCGGAAAGGGUCUGCAGUCAUGUACCCACGACGUCGCAGAAACUCUUCCUUUCCUUCUAGACGACGAUCGAGAGGUGAUCCUCGUCGAUACACCAGGUUUAGAUGACACGACUAGAAGCGACAACGAGAUACUGUCAGUAAUUGCUGACUACCUGACAAAUAUAUAUUCAGACAAGACGGUACUCUCUGGAAUCUUGUAUCUUCACCGCAUCAAUGACGUGAGAAUGAGCGGUAGCUCGACGAGAAACCUCAAGAUGUUCAUGAAACUUUGUGGCGAUAAGCAACUUCGGAACGUUUUCAUUGUCACUACCCGUUGGGCGGAGGUGGAUUCAACUCUGGCUGAAAGCCGGGAGAAACAACUACGGGAGUUGUUUUUCAAGCCUGUACUUGCGCAAGGCGCAAUGCUGACUCGCCACAAUAACACGCGCGAUGAAGCCCGACGCAUUUUACGACAACUAUUGGAUGAAGCCAGGAAAUCACCGCCUCUACCAUUACGUAUUCAAAUGGAGAUGGUAGAUUCCCGGAAGCCAUUCAUGGCCACGGAUGUGGGAAGAGAACUUUUGGGCGAGGAGCUUGACAAAUAUAAUAGGGAGUUGAAUCAGCUUGACAAAGAUCUUGCAGAUGUUGUUCAGGACCAAGAUUCUGUGGCAAUCGAAGAGCUAUCGAACGAGCGUGACAGGAUUAUUGAAAAGCUUGCGGAGAUUUCACAGGCAUCGGAUAUAGAGAACCUUGCAAAGUCCUUGCAGGUGCCGGUGUCUGAAGAGCAGGAGAGUAGUCUCAAACCCCGUCACAAGUUAAAGUUGGGUCAGCCAUGGAAGUCGAUGGUUGGAAAGUUUCACAAACCGACGAAAGGGGAUCGUGGCGCAGCCAAUCUGUCUUCAAAGUCGUCCAAACAGAUCUCCCUUGGUCUGAACCGGACAGAGUCGACCCGAGAUGAUGGAAAACAGUGUCUCGACACUCUACAGACCUCUUUUGUUGAUGUCUCUACCGCUUUUGAUCCUUCAAGCUCAGGCCCUCAUACCUCCGGGACUGCUCACCCAUCCACUCCGAACACAGUCAUGGGGCAAUCAGGACAAGCAUAUCCUACUGGCCAACCGACUUUCCCUCAUUCUGCUUCGAAUACCGUUACCAGCGCACCUUCUCAUAGUCAGAAGACUAGCAAACUCCCAGGAUCUCCAUUGGAGCGGUCGGGCGAUAACGGGAGACGGUCUAAUUUGCAGCCAGCUCCACAUUCGAACCGUGAAGUCUCCACUUACGGUGACCAAGCUAAUUCGAAAUUGAACUCGUCGUCGAACGUGGCGGCCCGUAAUGGGGAACAGUCAAAGGCUGUAGCGUUAACACAGGGAGGAUCUCACCUUCAAUACACCUCAGCUCACUCUGCCGCUCAUAAUACCUCUGCGAGCUCUACAUCGUCUACAGCAAUCAGGAAGGUGCAAGACUGCUCUGUAGGAGUUGGUGGCUCGACAUCGAAUGUGAAAACUCACGAGGAGCAGGAGGUGAAAACAAAGACUGGGUCGCAACGGUCUAGCGAAGUUGUCGGUAUUGGUCCUUGCCAGGCGCUCGUAACCGCUCCAACGCUGUCUAUCGGAGCACCAUCAUCCGUUCACGCGACAAGUGCACCAACCAAUCAGCUAUCGAAGCACAAUCAGACUGGGAGCCAUCUUGAGGAGGAACAAGCCGUUGAAGGCCGACAUCAACAUGGAUUAGUGACUCAACCAUCAGGUCUCAGGGAAUCCACCCCGCCAUUGGUACCAGUUGGGGAUCGACUGAGAACGUACCCAUUACGCUCGACGCCAAAGGGGAAGGCUGAUGAAGGUGGAGAACUGCAGGAGUUGCAGCAGCCUAAGCAGCCGCAAUCCCUGCCUCACGAUGACCGUGCCUCAAAUUCCUAUCAUAGACCCUCCAGCCCUACUUCUGGAGACAAAGUGGGGUCUCAGCCUCCCAAGAAAUCGCAAGCCAAUGAUAUCGUUAGUGGAAAGGCGAUGCCUCACGUUCAUCCGCCUCCUUUUGCACAGGAUCAUAAACAAUAUUUCCUACAAGGUCAUGCCACUGACGCCUCUCGUGGUCCACCUAAUACUGCUCAGGGACAAAGGGAAGCGCCGGUUCGAGCUGGUGGGCCAUAUCUCUCUUCGAGCAAACCUGGAGCAGACACGACGGAGGAAGUUUAUCAUGAAGAGACCCCUUUACAACACGAAAAUCGACGCCAGUCUUCUUCACCCGUCCCCUUUCCCGCUACUGAGACCCCCCACGACACGACCCAGAGCAGUCAAACGAAUUCCACACUGAACCUAAAUGCGGGCAGUGGUGAAGGUCUUCACAACUCGCUUUCUUCUUUCAAUCCAUCACCAACGAGUACGAUACGAGAGAGAGGGAAACAGACACACGAGGAGAGUGGAGGUCCUUCCAUGGAGUUGUUCGAGUCUGAUCACUUCCCUUCAAAGGACCACUCGGAUUCCCCACUCGGCUCCAGCCUUCGUGGUGACAACCUCGAUGUAGACAGCACCAUUGAGCGGUCAUUCGAAGCGAUGUCUGAUACCAAUGCAAAGGGUUUCAACGAAAGCGGUUCGAACGUAACUUCCCAAGCAACGACCCCCGGUUUUUAUACACCACAGGAUAACGAGGCAACUCCUACGGCAACUCCUGCUACUCAGCUAUCGGUCUGCUCUCUUGCAGGGUCGGAAUCAUACUCUCAGGUACAGCUCGACAGAGGUGCCGUUCAGUCAUCUGAGAACAGUACGGUUGCACAUUCUGCGCCUUCUUCGGGAGAUGUGGCUCCGAAGGACGCGCAUAGCGAUACUCUUGGUGUUCAGGUGACAGACCAUGCUAUAGCCGCUCCUCACACUGUCUCAAAUCCGAGACUUACCGGAUCGACCGAGGAGAACACUCGCCCAGCAGAUGAUCGCGCACCAAAUCACCAUAGGCCACCCGUCAACCAGAUGGCUGCUGAUGUGCCCUCUGGCCAGGAGCGUGAAUCGACAUCUCUGGUCGAUAUGGAAGGCGAUGACAGGUCCAACACCUCGACACUGGUAUCUGAUGAACCCCCUCCGGCACGGUCUGAUGUUGCCAUGAAGGAUGACCUGAAACCGACAAUCUCAGAUGCGUCUCCCCCUGAUACGAAAAGCGAGACAGGCAACUCUUCUACUUCUAAGAAAUCGUGGGUCGGAUCCUGGUUCUACGGUGGCAGCGCUACUACACAAACUCCCCCAGAGUCCGUCUCAAAAACGUCAAGUCGAAGCCAGGCAAAAACAAGUGAAGCACCACGUCCACAAUCUGAACCAGAUAUAAGUGCUCCACGAGGUUCGCCUUUGACGGGCAAUGUCACUACUGGCAUUUCACACAACCGAAACCCCUCUCGUGCACAAGUUGAGCGUGCUAGUUCAGAUCCUGAAUUAUCUUCGCGUCGCGCGGAAGCUAACGCUAACGCCUCACGGAAGCUCCCCUCAGGAGCGUUCUCGAAGGGAGAAAUACUCGAGCCCAUCGUUAGCGCCAGUUCCAUUCAAGUUUAUCCACCUAAUACCGUUCAGAAGGACAAUGUUCAACCUGCGAAUGAUGGUUCCGUUGUCGAAGCGGCGGAUGACGAAAAAAGUGCUAUUCCUCGCGCCUUGUCAAUCCUCCAAAGCUUUUUAAGCAAGAAUUUCGUCGGCGUUAGUUCUGACCUGAAGCGCGGGGCCAUCCCAAAGGAUAAAGAUCUGGAUGAUGCAAUCUUGAUUCGUGAUGACCUGCUGUCGAUCGUGGAUGCGCUCGAAGUCCAGAUUUCACGGCCCCAGAAAAGCACACGCAUACCAGGAUCGUUUAACGAUAAGUAGCCCAAGAUGUCAUGGACGAUUGUAGAUGAUAUGAAUGAGGGAUUCUAAUGACGAACCUAGAAACAACACUAUUACGGAGUCUUCUGUAGCGUUUUCUAUGUAGAGAGCAGUGUAUUCAAAACUCAGGCAAUUAUUAGUUUGAAAAUGUUCAUCC